AUGGGCCUGAGCUCGCCGGACGAAGCUCGGCAGUCGGUGCACGGCACUUCAGACCCGGCGGAAGACCCAUCACCGCAAAACCAGGCCAUUCCUUCGCCAGAAGAUCACAAUGCUCACAACGACGGCAGCUGUGUGGAUGAACAUCCACCGUCUCUUGCACCCGAUGAACUGGAAGUGGGGAAGGUUGACCCUAAGAAGAUAAUAUCUUUCAGCUCGACGGACCCUGACAAUCCUUAUAAUUGGCCGCGGCGAAAGAAAUUGUAUAUAUUCGUCACCGGCAUAGUUGCUGUCAUCAAUAGCACCCUGGGCUCUUCUUUACCAAGCGGAGCGAUCUCUUUCAUUGCGGCAGACUUCAACAUUACUGAUCAGGUUCAGCUUCCCCUUCCGAUCUCGUGUUUUCUGGCCGGCUAUGUCGUUGGACCCACCAUUUGCGCUCCUCUCUCUGAGAAUAAUGGCCGAAAACCCGUCAUCCUAGGGUUCUUCUGCCUGGCGACGAUAUUCACACUGGCCUGCGCUGUGGCGCCCAUGUGGCCGGCCCUGCUCUUCUUCCGGUUCAUGUGCGGCAUUGGGUUCUCUGGUCCCAUCUCCGUUGUGGGUGGACUGUACGCGGACAUUUACAAUGACCCACGAGAAAGGGGAGUAAGUAUGGCAUGGUUCAUGGUCGCUACCACGUUCGGUCCUGUGGCGGCGCCCGCCAUAUCAGGGUUUAUCUCCGAGAACACGACGUGGCGGUGGGUAUUUGGGGUCGCGACGAUUUUUGCCGCAGCAAUGAUACCUGUCAUUGCAUUGAUGCCUGAAAGCUAUGCACCCGUCCUUCUGAGUCGGAAGGCAAAGAAGCUGCGCCAGGAGACUGGCGACCAGGAUAUCAUUGCCAAGACGGACCUUCAGAAGAAAACGUUCCGACAUGUGGUGACCGUGGUCAUGACGCGGCCUUAUCGCAUGCUCUUCAACGAGGUGAUUGUCAUGUGUACGUGUGCGUACUGUGCGUUGGCUUACGGUAUCUUCUACCUCUAUUUCGAAGCAUAUCCGAUCAUCUUCCAAGGGCCCGAUUCGGUGUAUGGAUGGUCAUGGGGCGUUUCAGGUUUGGCAUUCCUGCCCAUCGGCCUUGGUUCUGUCUUUGCAGCACCCAUCUUUCUGGGCUGGGACGUGUACUUGGCCAAGGCGCAGAAGCGAAAAGCAAAAUGGGCUCACCAAGAGGAAUACCGACGAUUGCCCCUGGCUUGUCUCGGCGGACCGCUGUACGUUGUGUCACUCCUCUGGAUCGGCUGGAGCGCGAAACCUGGUACGCAUUGGUUGGCACCUGUGGCGUCUGGUGUGACAUUUGGCAUGGCUUUCCAGCUUAUCUUCAUGGCCUUGCUGAACUACUUGAGCGACUCAUAUAUGACUUUUGCGGCCAGUGCUCAGGGAAUAGCCAGUACGUGUCGCAGUAUAUUCGGCGCAUUGUUGCCGCUCGCCUCUAACCGCAUGUUCUCGUCCCUCGGCGUGGCUUGGGCUUGCAGUCUGCUUGCUUUUCUGAGUCUGGGAAUGUGCUUGAUUCCUUUUGCUUUUAUCAAGUACGGAGACCGCAUUCGGGACAACAGCUUCUUCUGCAAAGAGCUCAAGGAGAUGAUGGCGCAAGAGGCCGCGGAGCAGGAGAGGGAAGAGGCGGCAGCUGGCGCCACUGCACUUGCAGUGAACGAAGGGAAAGGAGGGGAAAGGGUAAGUUAUACUGCUGAAAGAAGGAGGGAAGAGACCGUGUACGAGAAGGUAUAA